AUGGACGCUUCUCAUGCCCGACCUGUCAAAGACCAUGCGGAGGAUCAGCUCCCAAAUGACCAUCCUCCGAUUGGCAAAACUGCCCCCGAGAAUCAAGACAACCCGCAGACUACGGUCGAUCCACCCUCUGACCCAUCUGCUCCCGAGGAUCCACAGAGACCUCCCUUGAUGGAUCAGCCGUUUGAGCCUGCUAUGGAAGCUCUCGCGCGGCUCGAACGCGAAGACCCUAAACUUGCGUUCCAAGCCGCGAGAAUCGUCGGACUGUAUCGGCGCUUGUGGGAGUCGUGCACAUCGAAGCAUAUAGAGGGAAGCAAGUUGGCCAAAGCGAAUCACGGUCUACGAGAGACUCACCGAUAUAUGACCGACGAGAGGAACAAAAUGCAGUCGCGUCACGAUGAUCAAAUUGCUCGGUUGCAAUUCUUUGACCAGGCACUGGAGUCAUCUCGGCUUCGACUGUCUGAUAUUCUUAAGNCUGCUGUGAGUAGGGAAAGCACGACCAUUUUGAUGAUUGAGCUGACCACCGUUGGACAGCCCGAGGAUCCACAGAGACCUCCCUUGAUGGAUCAGCCGUUUGAGCCUGCUAUGGAAGCUCUCGCGCGGCUCGAACGCGAAGACCCUAAACUUGCGUUCCAAGCCGCGAGAAUCGUCGGACUGUAUCGGCGCUUGUGGGAGUCGUGCACAUCGAAGCAUAUAGAGGGAAGCAAGUUGGCCAAAGCGAAUCACGGUCUACGAGAGACUCACCGAUAUAUGACCGACGAGAGGAACAAAAUGCAGUCGCGUCACGAUGAUCAAAUUGCUCGGUUGCAAUUCUUUGACCAGGCACUGGAGUCAUCUCGGCUUCGACUGUCUGAUAUUCUUAAAGAUUGGGACCGGUACUCCGAGGGGGUCCUAGCUCAGAGCACAGUGAAUGAUGGGGAGUGAAAGGAACAUGGCGGCAGUGGAACGAUCAUCG